GUUCCAAACGUUCAUCUCCUUCAAAGUGCCCAGUCAUGACCGCUCUUCGCCGCAUCCAAAAGGAAUUAUCGGACAUUUCGAAGAAACCGAUAGAGGGUAUUACAGUUGACGCAGAAGAAGACAACCUUUUUAUGUGGAAGUGUGCUGUCAAAGGCACGUCAAACAGUCCGUACAGGAACGGAACAUUCCGGUUUGUGCUCGAGCUCCCGCAGAACUUUCCUUUCAAACCACCUAAUGUCACGUUCACAACCAAGAUAUACCAUCCUGGUAUAAAUGACGAAGGACAAAUAUGUGUCCCUAUACUUCGCGGUGACGAGUGGAAACCUUCCAUAACAUUGUCUACAGUGCUGGCUGUCAUUCAGGAGAAAGUCAACAACCCAAGUCCGGAUGACCCAUUUGAGCCAGAGAUUGCUGCACUAAUGAAGACAGAUAAGGCGACGUUCUUGGCGACAGCUAGGGAUCAUACGAAGAAAUAUGCGAUGUAAACAGGGGUGUACUGCAAGCGUCUGCUCUGUAAUGUAUCCGUAGAACGGCGUGCUGAGAUUACGCAUGUAUUUUUUUCGUAAAGACGUGAUGUGUAUCUUGCGGUGUAAGUUUAUGUGGGAUGUGAGG